GGGCACUCUGGAAAGCCAAGGGCUGCUUUUCUGCAGACCUUGGAACAAACAGAACAGCCCUCAGCCUUUCCUGGUGGCAGUGCCAUAGCAUGGGGUCUGGUAAGAAGGCAACACCCAGAGCACGAAUUGUAAGGCUCCACGGCAACAAGGAAAGAACUGCAGGCCUAGGAGCCUGAAUCUAUGCCAGAAGAAGAAAUGUUCCAAGACUUCUGAGUGAAUACUGACAAACAACUGAUACUCAGCUUACCAGAACAGGAGACCAUGGAUAUUGAAGAAUAUUUCAAAAGAAUUGGUUAUAAGAACUCUAGAAACAAAUUGGACCUGGAAACAUUAACUGAUGUUUUUCAACACCACUUCCGAGCUAUUCCUGUUGAGAAUCUUAGCAUGCAUUGCGGAGAAUCCAUGGAGUUGGACUUAAAGGCUCUUUUUGAUCUAAUUGUGAGAAAGAACCGGGGUGGGUGGUGUCUCCAGGUCAAUCAUAUUCUAUACUGGGCUCUGUCCACCAUGGGAUUUAAGACCACAAUGUUGGGAGGCUAUGUUCACAUCUCUUCAGUGGGCAAUUAUAGCAGUAACAUGGUUCACUUGCUAGUACUGGUGACCAUCAGUGACAGAAACUACAUUGUUGAUGCUGGGUUUGGUCGCUCCUACCAGUUCUGGGAGCCUCUGGAAUUAAUUUCUGGGAAGGAUCAGCCUCAGGUGCCUGCCAUUUUCCGACUGACAGAAGAAAACGGAACCUGGUACCUGGACCACAUCAGAAGGGAACAACAUAUUUCAAACCCACAAUUUCUUGACUCCGACAUUCUAGAAAUGAAGAAACAUCGGAAAAUUUAUUCCUUUACUCUUGAACCUCGAACAAUUGAAGAUUUCGAGUCUAUAAAUGCAUACCUUCAGACAUCACCAACAUCAGUGUUUAAAACCAAAUCACUGUGUUCUCUGCAGACACCAGAAGGGUUUCACUGUUUAGUGGGCUGGACUUUCACCUACACGAGAUUCAAUUAUAAGGAAAACACAGAUCUUGUAGAGUUUAAAAUGCUGAAGGAUGAAGAAAUAGAUGAAGUACUGAAAACAAUAUUUGGUAUUUCAUUAGAGAAAAAACUUGUGCCUAAAUAUGGUGAUCUAAUCUAUACUAUUUAGAUAAAUCAGCAGAAAUAAUCUUCAAUAUACUGUAGUUAAUUAAACAUUUUAUCAUAAAAAUUUCUUUUUUAUUUAAAGAAAAAACAGAUAAAAAGGGUAGAAACAAUACAGAAUUUCAAAAAAAUAAACAGUAAGAAAUCACCAGUCAAUAAGUUACAUACCAUCAUCUUAGAAGUUGCUCAAGUUACAAAAUUAAAGCAUACAAAGUGAUAUUCAAACAAUGACACUGCAAACAGUUAUGCUCAAUGAUCCAACAAGAACUUAGUAAUAUGGCUAUCAGUCCUACACACUUGUUUUUUUAUUUAAAGAAAAAAAACAGAUAAAAAGGGUAGAAACAAUACAGAAUUUCAGAAAAAUAAACAGUAAGAAAAAAAUUUCAAUUAUCCAUGAAGUAUGAUUAAAGGAAGGAAAGCAGUUGUACACUGGGCAUUCAGAUCACCAAUAAUUAACUGACGAUUAAUUAAUUAAUUAAUUAAUUAACUGAUGAUUUAUUGCACCCCUUUCACCCUUUCAUCUUAAUACCAUUUCACCCAUAAAAAGUAGCAGAAUAUAAGCUAAAGGACUUUUUAAAGGAAUAUAACCACAACACUUUGCAAAUUUAAUCAUCCUUGACGUGUUCUAAUGAUGGAGUGGUUAUAUUGUGAACCAUAACGACUCAUGCUAGCAACUUGCCAAUAUUGGAUUAUUUUUUGAUCCCCACGGCCAAUUUAUAUGGCAGUUGAGUAAAGAGUAUAGUGAGACUCUUGCUUCCACUAAACUUGGCCAGUCUAAAUUUAAUGUCUAACUUUUAGAAAGUACCACUUGUAUAAUUUAGGAUUCAAAUACAACAAAGAAUGAGACACAAUAAUUUAACUGUUCUUAAGACAAUGCUUACAGCCAUAUCUAACACCAUAUUUUUAAGUGGUAAAAGAAUGACACAGCUAAUACUUUUUCCCAAGGUCCUUUUUAUAGCUACCUUUCUUUAUAUACUGUUCUUAUAAAUGUAGGAACACUUAUAUCUAUAUUUUUGGCUCACAGAUUGAUGUGACUUAUGUGUGAAAUAAUGAUAACUACAAAUAUGAAAUUCACUAGAAAGUUUAUGUUCUAAAAAGCAUAUUAAAAUAUUUCUAGCUAAUAUAA